AAGAAGGCAAAAGAUUCUUUGGGUGACCUUUAACAAUAUCCAAUAUCCAUUUAUUUAGGAAUGAACAUAAGGGUGUUGGUUGUUUUCCAAUUUUGGAACGAUGAAUUCCCUUAAUUUUGUUUCAGCGGCGAUCGUGUCUGUUCAUUAUUCCGAGCCCAGUCCCAAACUCGUUUCCAUCUCCAGAGCCAGAGACAAACCUUAUACUCUCGUGAUCCGUUCCUCUGGCCACCUUUCUAAUAAGCUAAAAGUUUCAGCCCUCAAAAGCAACGAAACAAAGCCAAAGCAGUUCUCACUGUGUCAAAACGGAUGGCUCCCCGCUUUCCCCCACGUUCUUGUUGCUUCAAUGUCUAAUUUUAUAUUUGGGUAUCACAUUGGAGUCAUGAAUGGUCCUAUUGUUUCCAUUGCUCGGGAGCUUGGUUUUGAGGGAAACUCAUUCAUUGAGGGACUCGUGGUCAGUAUAUUUAUCGCUGGUGCAUUUAUUGGGAGCAUAAGCUCCGCUUCAUUGCUAGAUAGACUUGGUUCUCGCCUCACAUUUCAGAUUAAUAGCAUACCCUUAAUCCUUGGGGCAAUAAUAAGUGCACAAGCUCACUCCUUGAAUGAGAUAAUUGGGGGAAGAUUUCUUGUUGGCCUUGGUAUAGGUGUAAAUACUGUUCUUGUUCCAAUAUAUAUAUCCGAGGUAGCUCCAACAAAAUAUAGGGGCGCCCUAGGUUCCUUAUGUCAAAUUGGCACUUGCCUUGGCAUUAUUACUUCACUAUUUCUUGGAAUACCUUCUGAGAAUGAUCCACAUUGGUGGAGGACAAUGCUGUAUAUUGCUAGCAUCCCAGGUAUUCUUGUUGCACUUGGUAUGCAGUUUGCUGUUGAUAGUCCGCGCUGGCUUUGCAAGGCUGGGAGAAUAAAUGAUGCUAAAACAGUAGUACGUGAGCUUUGGGGAGCAUCAGAAGUUGAUAGUGCAAUUGAGGAAUUUCAGUCCGUCAGCAAGAAUGAUGGUAGUGAUUUGGCCAGUAGAUGGUCAGAGAUCUUGGAGGAACCGCAUUCUAGAGUUGCCUUUAUUGGAGGUACUCUUUUUGUACUUCAGCAGUUUGCAGGCAUAAAUGGAGUUCUUUAUUUUUCAUCAUUGACCUUUCAAAAAGUUGGAGUUGAAAGCAGUGCUUUAGCAAGCUUGUUUGUUGGGCUUACUAACUUUGCAGGUGCACUGUGUGCGUUAUACUUAAUUGAUAGGGAAGGGAGACAAAAGCUUCUAAUAGGAAGCUACUUAGGAAUGGCAAUUUCAAUGUUUCUUGUGGCCUCUGGUAUCAUCUUUCCUUUGGACGAGCAACUCGGCAACAACUUAUCAAUACUAGGAACUAUCAUGAGAUCAAGUUCCAUCCAUUUAACCUCCUAUCUGAUGGUUUGGAUAAACAGUACCAGGGGCGAAUGAAAAGUAGCAGAAAAGCCAAAUGAGCCAAAUGACCCCGUUGGGGAGGGGAAAGUGACAACCAACCCCUGAAACAGGUAGAGGAAGGCCUAAUGAGUUUGAUGGUGAAAGAGGCUGGCAAGGUGGCACGUGGUGCUCAUGCACUGACAGAUCUGCAAGAGAAAUGGUGUGUGGGAGUACAUGAGGGCCCGGUUGACGUCACCGGUGCAGCAUUGGACAGAUCGAUGUUCUCUAUUGCUGGUGCCGGCAGUCCAACCUCAAAUGGAGGUGGUCGUCAGGACAACCAGGGUGGCAUCAGUUACUUCCGUUGAGGGCAGAAAUAAACAGGCCCACAGGACAUGGCCUUCUGAUAUCAACUUAAGUAUCUGAUUUGUAUAUUCUGAAUGCCUGAGGAGAAUGUUCCCUCAGCUGUGUAUUUAUAAUGAUCAACAUUGAAUACAACAACAAUGGAAUCCCUUAAUAGUAGGAUAAAACAAUCUGAAUCAAUUACUUAACAAUAGUAACUAUGCAACUGAAAUAAUAACUUAAACAAGGAAACAAAUCAUAUCUCAACAAAGAGAAAAAAAAAAGACUUAAAUACCAAAAGAAAAAGGUUGAAAGUCAGAAAGACAGGUACUAAGUUGGGUUUAUGUCACAAUGCAUCAUAGUGGCUGUGAUUUUCCAUGAUAUUGGCUUUAUGAUUGCUGGCAAAACAUAAAAACAGUGUAAUUGACUUCCGAUAGCAGCCACCUGUCACGACACAACCCUGCUGUAGCAUCCCAACAUGUAAUUGACACUAGCAGUGGAAUAUCUUGAUGUUUUUCCUAAUUCAAAAUAAUGUGCUAUAGCAUUUGAUCUAUAUAUUUACUUUAAGGAUGUCAGCAUAAUUCCUUUAUUAUUUAUCAACAUGAACAUAGAUGAUAACCUGAAGAUGUUCCAAGAUAGUUUCCUGUAUUUUAUAUUGUUUGGAAGAUUGGCACAAGGAUCAUGUUUCCCUUUAU